AAACCUGAAUUUUCAUCUCCUUCGACUCACUAUUUCACUUUCCUUGAUUUUAGUUUGAACCAUCAAUGGCGGAAGCAUCUGUCUUCAACUUGGCCGAUUCGAUCAUAGGCAAAUCCAGCUCCCUUACUUUCCCUGAAACUGAACCGUGGUUGAAUCUCAGAGAUUACGUCGACGACCUUAGAAGCAUCGUCUCUGCAAUCAAAGCUAAGCUUCUUGACGCCGGAGAGCGAUCUGGGACCAGCAAUUUCACAGCUUGGCUUAAAAAGCUGAAAGAUGCACUUUGCGAUGCCAGUUUCUUGCUCGAGGAGUUAUCUAUGGCUUUCUUGCUCGAGGAGUUAUUAAUCGGUUGCCUAUUCAGUCUUUUUUUGGCCAAAAUGUGCGCUCAAAUUCAGGCCGUUAAUAAGAGGUUAACUUCUCUUGAAAGUGAGUUAAAAAUCCUUUUCAUGGCUGGAACGAGGCAUCAAUGGCACUUCGAAAUCAUUUUCAUGGCUGGAACGAGGCAACAAGGGCACUUUUUUGUGCAUAAAGAUGAAGAGCAAUCCGUGAAGGACUAUUCUUUCCAAGGACGGCUUAAAGUGCAGAAAGAUUUAGAAAACAUGCCCGUUGAUUCAAUUAGCCCACUUUCGCAAGCAGCUUGUUCGCUUUGGAGAGAUAUGGUGAAAAAGAGAGUUGAAACCUCUCCGUUCGAGAAGAUGCAUUAUGACACAGCAGAAUUCGGGCGUCUUUGUCGUAAACGGAACUGGUUGAGCUUUAUGUCGAAUGAAAGCAAGAAAAGCAAUCGGAAAUUUGUUUCCGAUGACUUAUUGAGACAAGAAAGAAAAAGAACAAAGAAACAGUGGCAGCUCCCGUACCCGGAAGAAUCAUUAACUUCCCAGCCACAACGAAAAUCAAAAAGAAAAGAAUGCGCUUUAAAAUUUUUUAUCAAGGGGGGAUCUGCUCAAGAAAUAGAUCGAACCAAAAGAAAGACAAAUAAGAUUGGCGAGCUAAUAUAUCGGGAAAGGAAGUUGGAAAGCAUGGAGAUGAGGAGGAAGAAAACGAUCAAAGUGCAAUGGCUGCAAUCUGAUCCCCUAGCGAUUAAGCAAGAGAUCCAAGAAAUUGACCGCAAGUACAAGGAUGCUGUAUUAGCAGAAGACGAGGCGAAGUGGCGACUGCUUCUAGUCGGAGAGAAGAUUGAAGAACUUGAUCGACAACGAUCAGAGUUUUAUUUUGCACCUCGAUGGUCGGAAAAAGUUACUGCAACCGAUUAUCGUCCAAUUAUGCUAACUGGUGAAGAAGUACUAUCUAAAUUGCGUGAUUUGGAAAACCAACUUCACGACGAGGACAACAACAAAGUGGAAUACAAAGAUUUCCUAGGCUUGGAACAGGCCUUAAAGAAAACUGCUUGGGGGAAAACUCCAGACUACCUACAAACUAUUGCGAUCCGAAUUGAAAAAGCUCGAGGAAAAGCUACUGAUGUUUUUCAUAUCCCCGCUCAAGUUCCAGUCUGCGCUGCGAUCAAAGAGAUGGAAGAUUUUCCGGUUGAGGAUUUGGACUGGGAUACGUUGAAAAAGUGGGGCGCUACGCUUAAUUACGCUAAGAAAUAUGGUUUUCAAGUGGGAUUUGCUGAUAAUCUGUUGAAGAAGAAUUUGCUUGCCUAUUUGGUUAUUCAAAAUCUGCCCAAAUCGACCGCAAAAAAUUAGCUUCCCAAAAACAAAUGUUUGUGUUGCUGUUCUAGCUUGCUGUUAAGUCUACCAUAAGAUUGCCUUUAAUGUGUAAUGUGUUUGUCUUGCAUGCCUUUAAUGUGUAAUGUGUUUGUCCUUUGAGUUUUCUAUA